AUUAUAGAGAGCAUAAACUAAUUUUGUGGAGUCGCUUUAUUUCCCCUGAUUUAGUUACAGACGCAGCAUCACAGAAGCAGCAGCAGCAGCCUCCACUGUGCGCAACCUGAUAGCAGCAUAAUGACCGAAGAAACCCAGAACCUGGUGCAGGAGCAAAUGUCAGACGAGAACGUGGUCCUUGUGGGACAACCAAGUCAGCGAAGUGGUGUGUCCUGCAAUAAAGGAACCAUAAUUCCAGCCCUGUCCGUCUUUGUUGGUCUUCUGAUUGUGGGGCAAGCGGUAACAGUUUACUUUGUGACACAACAGCAAUCACAAAUCACUGAUCUGAGCGAAACUGCCAAACAGAUGAAAUUGAAGGAUUUAAUGGACAAGCUUCCAGGAUCACCUCCAUCACAGAAGAAGAAGCUGAAAAUGGCGAGCUUUAACAUUCCUUUGGCAUUCAGGGAUACUGAUGGCUCUUCAGAACCGCAAAUGACCCGAAGUGAGCUAAGAAAUAUUGCUGAGAACGGCAACAAGAUAGAGGAUGUAGUAAAAUAUCUGAUGGUGACUGGAAACCCUAUGAGAGCAUACACAACAUUCAAUGGCAGCAUCAUGGAGAACAUGAGGAAGCUGAGGAAAACUUUGACUGAUGAAGAGUGGAUUCUAUUUGAUUCCUGGAUGCAGCAGUGGUUCCUGUUCUACUUAGUGCAGAACACCAAGACACCUGAAGCCACUCCACUCCCAGAUACUGUGCAUAUGACAGGUGCCCCGGUGAAAACAGAAUGCCAGGUUAAAGCCAGCAGCGCCAGCCCUCACCGCCACCUGGGUGCCUUUUUACCUGAGUGUGAUGAGCAAGGUAACUUUAAGCCUCUGCAGUGCUGGAGAAGCACUGGGUACUGCUGGUGUGUCUACAAGAAUGGAACACUGAUCCCAGGAACCAAGACUCGUGGCAAACUGGAUUGCAGUGAAAUUAUGGAGCCAGAGGAUUUUCUGGGAUCAACUCCUCAAAUGGAUUAUCAAUUUGGUAAGUUUGAUUAAAAGUGAUCCUCUUCAAGAGAGCUGUCCGAUGAGGUUCUAUUCCUUGUGUUAUCUCACAGAAUUCAGCAAACUCUGCAUAAAAACGAUAGUUGUUAUUAACUCAUCUAAUUAAUGAUGCAUCUUGUAUCCGGCUUACUGAAUAGGUCCAUAGAGAUUCUGAUGUUACUGUUUGAAUAAUUUUCCUCUCUCUACAAUCAAAAUGCAUUCUUAGCUUGGUUUACAUGUAAUACCACCAGGAGUAAAUAAUGCAUAUGUUGCUUA